AUGUCAGGCACUAAGCCACAGACUGCACACUUGAGAAAGACUAAUAAUGUCUGGGAGCUGGUUGUUGACGGCAAGCCGUUUACGGUACUCGGCGCCGAGUUGCAAAACUCAUCUAUGAGCUCCGCCUACUACAUGGAUGAAGUCUGGCAGAAUGUUAAAAACAUGGGUAUUAAUACCGUUUUGGGCAAUAUUUGUUGGGAGGACAUUGAACCCGAAGAAGACCGGUUCGAUUUCAACGAGAUGGACAAAAUGAUUGCCAGUGCAGAAUCCUACGGCCUUCGCAUGAUCAUUCUCUGGUUUGGGUCAUUCAAAAAUGGUAUGUCUUGCUAUGUUCCAUCAUGGGUUAAGAGAAACGCAAAGCGGUUCCCCAGACAGCAAUGCCGUACCCAAGACGGUCUCCGCCGGCCGCAGAACGUUCUAUCGCUACUGCACGAAGAAAAUGUCAGGGCCGACUGCAAAGCGUUUAGGGCGCUCAUGCAACACCUAAAGGAGAUGGAUGAGCACAAGACAGUUAUCAUGGUUCAGGUCGAAAAUGAGGUUGGCCUGCUCGGAGACUCGCGUGAUGGCAGCAGGACAGCCGACAAGCUUUUCAAUUCCAGUGUGCCCCAGGAGCUUGUCGAGUUCCUGGCUACUGCCUGGGAUACCCUGCUACCGGAGCUGAAGAAAAAUAUCCCACACUUCUACGAGAUGUGCCAAAAGUCCGAGGGACCCCCAUCUGGCCAUUGGGAGGAACUAUUUGGUCGUAGUUACCACACCGACGAGCUGUUCCAAGCAUACCACUACGCGCACUACGUUGAAAAGGUGGCGGCGGCGGGCCGGGAAGUCUACGAAACCAUUCCCCUCUUCACCAACGCCUGGCUGCCCAAGCCUGGCACGGGAGCAGGCCUCGGGAACUUUGCCUCCGGCGGCAACCACCCGGGCCAGUAUCCGUCCGGCGGGCCCGUUAAUACGGUCUUGGACGUCUGGUACAGGUUCACGCCUACGCUCGACUUCAUCUCCCCCGACAUUUACUCGUCCGACUAUGAAAAGACUUGCCGCGACUACACCUAUCAUGGGCGGCCGCUCUUCAUUCCUGAGCAGCGCCGAGACGCCCACGGUGCGCGGAGGGUCUGGGAGGCCCUCGGUAGCUUCCAGGCGCUCGGUGCGUGUCCAUUCGGCAUUGAUACGUUGGCUGCUGAGGAUUUCGAUUAUACGAAGCAUUUCCGACUUUUACAAAGAGUCUCAACUCAUAUCCAAAAGGCACGAGUACAACCGGAUACUAUAUUCGGAUUUUACAUUGAUGAACCCGACUCGAGCGUCCUUGACGCCGCCGGCGUGUCUAUUAUAAAACGUUUCCGAGAAUUUGAGCUGCAUAUUAGUCCAGCAUUUGUUCUUGGGAAAUAUCAAUCCGGUUAUGGCAUGAUCAUCGAGCUGGACGUCGGCCGCUACUUACUCAUCGGCGAGGGUUACAAGGUCGAAUUCAAGUCGACCUCGCCCACGUCCGUUUUCACAGGCAUGGCCAAGACGCACGAACUGAGCGUUCCAGACCCGAAGGAUGGUGUGUUCCGCAAAGAAAGAACCCUGAACGGCGACGAGACGAGGAGCGGAGCAUGGAUCAAUAUGCCCAACGAGAAGCCUGAUUACGGCGAGGGCUAUAUUCCAGUCACCAUUCCUGCACGAACCAAGAUUGCGCAGACCGAGAUUUACUCUCUUGGACCGGAGGACAUUGUGAACUAG